AUGUGUGCUGACAUUGUACGUCGCAUAGUCAAGGUCAAAGGAACUAUUGACGGACUAGCUGAAUGUGCAGAAUGGUUUGCAGCAUACCCGCAUCUCGCCGGCUAUGUCCGACACCUCGAAGUCUGGGUCCCUGUCUGGGGCAAUCGAGCCAUUCGGCUUCUACCGCGCCCUCCGGGUCGACGUCCGAACGCCGGUAUGCCAAACCCACUCGAAACCAGUAUGGUAGCAGCCUGGGGUCAAGAAGACGUUCCUCAUGGCAACGAUAUUCACUACUACUCUUCCACGCAAAAUGCCACCUUGGACGAGAUUUUCCAACACGUCCAGAUCUUUUUCCCCAGUGCUCGAGUGCUCACACUGGAGGGAGGGCAUUGUAAAAAUCCGCCUAUGAUUCGCCAUUUUCGAAACGAACCAAAUGAAUCCAGAGAGAUACCCUCGCGCCAGCGUCUGCCUGUGCUCCCCAACGUCCAGACAUUUGUGAUGCGCGGUACCUGGAACCUCAUGCGCGGUUGGGGGCACUGGUACAAUCUGUCGCAAGCGCUGCCAGCGCUGCGAGAGUGGCACUGCGCCUAUGCCCACCCCAAGCCAGAGAUCUAUUUCACCAUGUCGCAGGUCCUGGAUCGACCGCCGCCAUUGGUCCGCCACCUCAACAUUAGCCUCGAGGGAUUCUACAAUAAUAAAGAUGCGGUUAACGCGGCGCUUUUCGGCGCUCACGUGCAGGUUCCGCCAAUCUGUGACUUGCUGGGUGCGAUUGCGCCGAGCCUGGAGACACUGUCUUUCACUGGCAAGAUAUGCGUAGGCUUCUUUGAUUCGCUUCGACAGCACGCAUCGCUCCAGUUGUCAGGCCUCAAGUCCCUGGAUCUGGUGGUCAAAACAUGCUGUCGCGGCGCUGAGCCAUCCGAUUCCAUGCCUGCCACUGCCUCCCUUUCGGGUAUCACCAACAUCAAUUUCAUUUGUGCGUUCGAAGCUCUGGUGAUCGGAGCCGUGCAGAGUCUUGAAUGCCUCCCAUUGCUUAGCUACCUGCGCAUUCGCUUCAUUGACCUGGACUCGACAUCUCCAUUGCUGAACCCGUACUUUCAACUGGCAGGCGAUGAGUGCAUGGGUCUAUGGAGCUACCCAAUCCUUGAAGCACUGCAAGCCAGUCGUCCGUCAGCGCACUUCGUCGAACUCAACGAUGGCAUGCACUCGCAUUUCGGAACCCACCAGCAGGCCCUGGCGCUUUAUCCGCGCUCUCGUCCGAAGAGCAUCCACGUCAGCACGUACCGGAUGAUUGCUGAUGCAUCCAAAUUUUAG